CCCGAAUGUCAUGGUUGUGGUGAUAUGAUGAUGAUACAAGCAUGAGGGGAUCUGCUAUUUAACUUUUGACCAGCUUAUCCCUCUCUCAGUUUAUUCCCGACCACCAUCAUUGACUUUAUUAUUUCAGAUUACCACUGACUAUUUUGAGCUGACGAUUUAUUUCUGCAUCCAAAAAUGGAGUUAAGAAUUCCUUUCGUCAUACUCGUAGCAACCUUUGUCCUGGUGAACGGAACCAUGCGAUUCAAACCGGCCUAUGACGUAAAGUUUAAACCUGGUUUGGAUGAAGAAAUUCGUCAAAGACAGGCCGAAAACUGUGACGCCUUGAUGGCAACGCGCCCGGAACUUGUCGCCGAAAUUCAGAGUCAUCAAGCGGUUGCGGAUCAAAUUAUCGAGUAUGUUAUGAACGGAGCUCUGAAGGGCAAGACUUACGACGAGGUUCACGACUUGGUCGAUAAGCACCCCGUUCGCUUCUCUGGCUACCAAAAUCUCGAAGACUCGAUUGAUUACACUUUGAAUAGAAUGGAAAACAUUCACGGCUUGGAAAAUGUGAGAGGAGAACAAGUCCUCGUUCCGCAUUGGGUUCGGGGAGAGGAAAGGGCUGAAAUGUUGGCACCCUGGAAAAAAACAUUGAGCAUUCUUGGACUUGGCACCACUAUCGGAACGUCGACCGACGGCAUUACUGGAGAUGUGCUUGUGGUGAUCAGUUUUGAGGAUCUCGCAGCCAAGCAGGCCCAAGUUCCAGGAAAAAUUGUUGUCUUCAACCAAGCCUGGGUGGAUUAUAGCAGUGGAUACAUUUACAGAAAUCAGGGGGCAAGCCAAGCUUCACAAUACGGGGCCAUAGCCAGUCUCAUUCGCAGUGUGGCCCCCUUUUCCCUCGACACACCCCACACAGGAGGACAAAACUACUGGAGCAACGUAACUCAUAUUCCUUCGGCCUGUAUUACCAUUGAAGAUGCGGAAUUGAUGUACCGACUGCAGCAAAAAGGAGAGAGGAUCACCGUCAGUUUAAAAAUGCUGGAUUAUAAUCUGCCUCUGACUACUAGCAGAAAUGUCAUUGGAGAAAUUGUAGGCUCCUCAAAACCUGACGAGUUUGUGGCCGUUUCUGGACAUAUUGACAGUUGGGAUUUAGGGCAAGGUGUUAUGGAUGACGCAGGUGGUUGCAUGAUAUCGGUAAUGGCUCUGGCUGCAAUUAAAGCAUUGAACUUGAGACCAACCCGAACGCUACAAACCAUUCUGUGGACAUCUGAGGAACCUGGACUUUGGGGAGUCGAAGAUUUCGUCAAGCAACACAUGGACAUUUUAAUUAAUUAUAGCGCUGUUUUCGAGUCUGACAGUGGUACGUUCGACCCACUUGGACUUGACUUUGCAGGAAGUGAGCUGGCUGGCUGCAUUGUGAACGAAGUUCUCAAACUGACGGCCUCUAUAAACACAACCACAUAUCAACGGUUUCCUAGCGUGUCCUCCGAUAUCGGGCGACUCAUCGACCAGGGCGUUCCUGGCCUGAGCUUAAACAACGCAAAUGACAUGUAUUUUUGGUAUCACCACACGACGGCCGAUACUAUUACCAUGGCCGACCCAAUAGAAUUGGACAAGGGAACUGCUUUGUGGGCAGUUUCAUCUUUUGUUCUUGCAAAUCUGACGGAAAAACUACCUCGGGAUCCACCAGCUCCAUAAAUUUGUUGUGGCUAAUUAAACACUUUCAUUAUCAGGUUUCUUAUGCAUAAAGUAUAUAAAUAAUAAAAUUGCACUAAUGUCAGUAGUUUUCAAA